AUGGAGCUUCAGUGCAGAUUCUCCCUAACUGCAAAUCAAACAAAUGAAGAUCACAGAGAUUUCUGGACUAAAUGGCACAAUGGAAGAGGCCAGCUUGUCAUAGCUCAGGGGGCCUUCAUGACCUGUGACAGCAAUUGCUUCUGUGGAGCAAUUAGUAACUUGGCAGACUUGGCUCAGCCCAAACGACUCACACAUGGGUCCCUCCACAGGUUCAACAGGCAGCAGAUAAUAAAAUCCCCAAAUACCACCCCUGGGCACAAUAUCACAUUCUUCAAUGGGGUCUUUCAAAACGUGGACAGUGUUGCAUUGUUUUUUGACUGCCUGGGUUCUCACUUCACUUGGCUACAGUCCAUAUUUACCAACUUCCCUGCACUGCUCCAUUUUGUGAACAAAAUGAGAUGUGUAACUGGACUUUGCCCCAGGGAUUUCGAAGACUACGGCUGCUCUUGCCGGUUCGAGAUGGAAGGGCUCCCUGUGGAUGAAGCGGACAGCUGCUGUUUCCAGCACCGCAAAUGUUAUGAAGAAGCUGUGGAGCUGGAGUGCUUAUGGGACCCUGCUAAGAUUUCUAUGGACAUCAGCUGUCUGACGAAAAACAUUACCUGUGAGUCUGGGGAUCCUUGUGAACGGCUUCUCUGCAAUUGUGACAAAGCAGCUAUUGAGUGUUUUGUCCAUUCACACGUUAACUCUUCCUUGAACGGCCUGGAUGUCUCCUUCUGUCCAGGUCAGGUUACAGAAACAACUAGCAAGAAAGGAUUGACAACGCUUCAUAUGGAGGGAAUUCCACCUGAAGCCAGCAAUACCAGCUUGAAACCCCCCACUUCUGAGUUUAUUGCAAGAGAUCACGAAGGCAUAUCUGCUUCCUUCGUGGAUCCCACGCUAACAGUUCAGAGGGGGCUGGAAGGCGAUUUAAUUGUAAGUGUACCUUCAGGACUUACAGAGGAUGCUUUCCUGAUGGAAGGGCCAACCACAGCCACAGCAGGUAUUAACUCAACAGGGCCAGAUGUGAUACCCAGUGAAAACGAUCCCACCACGACAACAGAACAAGAGACAAGCUUUAAGAUAGGAGAAGCGAGCACAGCUUCCUCUGCGAUAUCCCCAGAAGUGACACUCGCUGAGAGGGGGCCUGAUGAAGCUGUCAGACAAGUCUGUGACAGAUUCACCUUUCUGCAAAUGAGUGGGAACGGAAAGGUGAACCGGGAGCUGCCUCGGCUGGGAGAAAUGCUAUUUUGCUUGACUGAUCGAUGCCCACAGGAAUUUGAAUCUUAUGGCUGCUACUGUGGCCAAGAAGGAAGAGGUUAUCCUACAGAUGUACUGGACAGGUGCUGUUUCUCCCACCAAUGCUGUAUGGAACAAGUUAAAAAACUUGGGUGCCAGCCAGAAGGAAGUUUGAGAUCUGAAGUUGUAUGUUUAGAUCAUAAACCGAAGUGCAUUGGCUGGAGCAUGUGCGAGAAGCUCCUGUGUACCUGUGAUAAGACAGCGGCUGAAUGUAUGGCUGCCGCCUCUUUCAAUGAAAGCUUGAGGUUCCUAACCAGGCAAACCUGCCAAGCGAACAAAGCCUCAUGUCGGAGUGGAAUAGCUGAAAGGCCUGCAGGUGACACUGGAGUAGACACCAGAACCUCCAGCUCUGAGGAGAGCAGUGAGGAGGCAGGUCCGCAGAGGAGUGCUUUAAGAAUAAAGAGAGCAGCACGACACGCCUGGGGAAAAGCCAGAGCCACACCACAGGAGAGAUAG